AUGUCAAAGAGACUUAUCAGUGUUCUUCCUCUCAUCUGCCUAGCGGGCACCAUUGUGGCCUCAUUCUUCGUCAACCUUAGUGGUAUCAAAGGAAACACACUUGCAUCCAGAUUCUAUUUUGCCACGGCCACUCUCGAUAAAGAGUACUUUUGGACAAUGUACAACUUGUGCACCAAAAAUGCCUUGGGUAAAUUCGUGUGCACCGCUGUGAGACCUGCCUUCCCAUAUUCUCCCGCAACCAAUUUCGAUCCAAUGAUGGUUCCAAAGCCAUUCAGCACAAACGUGAAUUUCUACUACUACAUGCUGCGUGUUAGUUAUGGAUUUUUGCUUGUUGCUCUCGCUUUUGAAGUCGCAAGUUUGAUUCCAAUGUUAGAAAUCGCCUACAGAGGUCUGGUUAAUGGCCUCUACGCCUAUAUGGUGACUGGUCUUGGGCUUCUCCUGGCCAUUGUGGGUGCAGUUUUGUCAACAGUGGUUCAUGUCAAAGGUGUCAAUACCUUUAAGAGCGCAAACGUCGCGGCACGAGUAGGUGUACCCAUGUUCAUUUGUAUGUGGGUUGGUGUUUUUGGAACCAUGAUCGCGUUUGUGAGUGUCUUCCUCUUCCGUUGCAAAAGAUCUGAUGAUGAGCCAAUGCAUUUCGAGGAAGAAAAAGCAGCAGAGUCCAUCAUCUCUGAAUAA